CAUGUUUGGACGGCAUUCGGACCGGGGGCUGCUGGACAGGAUCAUUCCAUCCUCUAUGUAUGUAUAUAUAUACAUACAUAUACAUAUAUGUAUGUAUAUGUAUAUUUUGUCCAUAUCAUACCAACUGCAUUUUUUAUAUGUAUAUGUAUAUAUACAUAUACAUAUAUGUAUGUAAUGUAUGUAUCAAUGAAGUGAAUAGUGGCGCUUUCGCGCGCUAUAGCGGUUUAGCGGAGCGGCUGGCUGACCUGGCGCUACUUGGAGUCCUCUAGCGUUGCGUUUGGGUGAAGCGUCAAAGGAGGUCGCAAUAGCGCUCGUGCGAUUGGAGGAAAGGCGGCCGCAAUAGCGGCGCGAUUUCUUCCUUCAACGUUUUGAAACUUUUUUCUGCGUUUAGUUUAUUUAUGGCUCAAGUUUAAGGGUAGAUUAGUCUUUUUGAUAUAAAAUAUCAAUCACAGAUUCACAGUAAACCCUUCUACACGUGCGCAGACCAAUACCUUACAAACGGCCCCAUAUUUUGAACUCGGUCUUUCAUUCUUUUUGCUGCGAUGACUUCUCCUUCAAAGACAACAACACCUGAGGUGACUUCUCCUUCAACGACCCAACAUCUGCGAUGACUGCUCUUCCUUCCACUUCGCCUCUUUCCAGUACAAUCGCCUCUUCCCCUAAAUAAACUAUACUCUUCCUUAAUUCCUGUACUUGUGCUGCAACAUCUUCUACAAGAUGAAACUUUUCUUUGUUAAAGGCUUUUGUUCUUCUCAUUAAGCACGGAGUAUACUGCCACUGCCAUGUUCAAGCCCACUGGACCCAACCUUGACCCGGCUUGGGAGUGGAACAGUUUGAAAGAUUUAAAUGACAAGAAGACAGUCACAUGUGAUUUUUGUGGCAAAACUACUACCGGAGGAAUAACUAGAGCCAAAAGACACCAAAUGGGAAUAAGAGGAGAUGUAGGAGCUUGCAGGAAAACUCCGGCUGAUGUUACACUUUUACUGAAAGAAGCAUAUGAAAAGAAAAAAAGGGAAAAAGAAGCUUACAUGGAGUUGCAAGAAGAUGAAGAUGACAUGGAAGAACUCACUGAAAUUCUGAAUAUCAGAAAAGGAAAAAGGCCCCUAACAUCAGCUGCCUCUCAUCCUACUGCCAAAAAGGUUAAAGGGCCCUUAGACUUGUUGUACUACAAGAAACCAGAAAAAACACUAAGCUUGGGAAAAGCUAAGAGGCAAACGAGCAUAAAUGAUGCUUGUGACAAGGAAGCUAGGGCCAGAACCAUUCAAUAUAUUGAAAGAUUCCUAUGCAGAAAUGGAAUUGCUUUUAAUGUUGUGAAAUCAAAAGGUUUCAAAUUGAUGGUUGAGGCCAUUGGAAAUUAUGGUCCUCAUUUAAAGCCCCCAAGCUACCAUGAGUGUAGAGUUCCAUUUCUUAAAAAAGAAUUGGAAUACACUAAGGAACUCUUAAAGGGCCAUGAGGAGGAACGUGCAUAAUAUGGAUGCUCAGUUAUGUCAGAUGGAUGACAGAUAGGAAACAUUGAUUAAUUUCUUGGUGAACUGCCCAAGAGGAUCAAUGUUUGUGAAGAGUGUUGAUGGUUCUGAAUACACAAAAACUGGUGAGAAAUUAUUUGAGCUUCUUGAUCAAUUUGUUGAGACCAUUGGGGAAGAAAAUGUGGUGCAAGUGAUCACCGACAAUGGAAGUAAUUAUGUUCUUGCCGGAAAACUGCUACAAAUGAAGAGAAAGCAUUUAUUUUGGACACCAUGCGCUGCCCAUUGCGUAGACUUGAUGCUUGAGGACAUUGGGAAGUUGCUGACAAUUAAAGCAACAACAAGAAAAGGUAUUCGUGUAGUGGGUUUCAUCUAUAACCACACCAUUGCUCUCAACAUGAUGAGAAAGUUCACCAACAAGAUGGAAUUGCUUAGACGUGGUAUUACAAGGUUUGCUACGUCAUUCCUUACCUUGCAACGACUACAUACUCAAAGAGCAAAGCUUAGAAACAUGUUUACUUCCGAUGAAUGGAAAAAGACUAAUGUUUCCAAAGAUCGAAAUGCAAAGAGACUUCUGGACAUAAUCCUUAAUCCUACAUUCUAGAAUGAUGUUGUUUACAUUCUGAAAGUAAUGGGGCCUCUUGUGCACGUUCUAAGGCUAGCCGAUCAUGAGAAAAAACCCGCAAUGGGAUACAUUUAUGAAUCAAUGGAUCGAGCCAAGGAAGCAAUUCAGAGUUCUUUUCAAGGAAAUGAAAGGAGAUACAAUAAAAUAUUUGAAAUCAUUGAUUUAUGAUGGGAAACUCAACUCCAUCAUCCCUUACAUGCCGUUGGUCAUUAUUUGAACCCUUCUUUCUACUACAAGAACCCAAGCAAUUGAGAGGCUUAGUGAAAGUGAAGAAAUUGAAGAUAAAAUUUCAAGUGAGUUGAAUGCUUAUAAGAGAGUUGAAGGUCUCUUUGGGUAGAAGCUGGCAGUAAGGCAAAGAGACACUCUUGGUCCGGGUAAGUUAAGGCAUCUUAUUCUUUUUUCUAUAAAUAAGCAGCCCUAAUAGAAUGUUUAAUAUUUUUAUUUAAAGGUGAAUGGUGGAGGAACUAUGGAUCACAUACACCAAAUCUUCAAUGGCUUGCCAUAAAGAUCUUAAAUUUGACUUGUAGCUCAUCGGGAUGUGAGCGCAAUUGGAGUACAUUUGAGCAUGUAUGUUAUUAUUACAUUUUUUAAAACUUCUAACAACAACAUAUAGUGUAUUAGUGAUUUAAUGUGCUGUUUUUGUUUUCAUUCUGGAGUCUAGACUAACAAUUUUUUUUAAUAUCAAUUUAUAAAAUAGAUUCAUUCGAAUAAGAGAAAUAGGCUUGAGCAUCAAAGGUUGCAAGAUUUGGUUUAUAUUAAAUAUAACCAAGAUCUUAAGGAGUAAUUUGAUAGCCGUGAUUUGAUCGAUCCAAUUCGCCUAAAUGAUAUUGAUGGUAGCAAUGCGUGGUUAGUGGGGUAAUGGGGGGAGAUGGAGAGGAUGCCGAGGAUGAUUUGGUUUUCGAUGAUGAUGCCAACUUUACUUGGGGAGAUGUUGUUGAUCUAACUAGUGUGAAUGAGCCCUUGAUAAACACUAGGCAGCAAAGCAGAACAAGUGAAAGAGGUACAAGCUCUAGAGGAGCUACAAGGUCUAGAGGAGCCACAAGCUCUAGAGGGACGGGCCGCUCAAUAGAAGAUAUCGAACAUGUUGAAGUGACAGAGCAGACCAGUGUGGAGGAAGAACUUUAUGAUUGCUCGAGUAGUGAAAAUGACAAUGAAGAUGAGAUAGAGUUGGAAGAAGAAGAAGAAUUUAAUGAGGAGUGGUGAAAGAUGAAUUCAAAGGGCUUGCAAGUUGGAUCUAAAUUUUUUGACUGUUAAUAUAUUAAGGCUUAAACUCUUAAACUAGAACCUUGUUUUUGAUUCAAGAUGUUUUAAUCAUUAAUAGUAUGAUAGCAUCUUAUGUUUUGGUAUGAAACUAAAGACUUAGAAGAGUAUUGCUAAGUAGAGAAAUCAUCAUGUCAGGCCGGCCUGACAGGCUGCCCCGUCCGGCCGAGCCCAUUUGGGCACCUUCCCG